GUCGUCGGUAUCCCGACCUAACAUUCCUAACAACCGCCGACAUCGCUAGUAAAGUAAAGACAGUUCCGCGUAUGAGAUGUGAGUGUGAGUUAUAGGAUCUCACGAAACUUGAGAUUCACGAGGCGAUCACUCUCUCGUCCGUUCCUCGUAUCGCGUCGCUAAAGUGUUCUCGAUAAGCGGCGACGAUACAGCCGGAGAGCUUGUCAUGCCUAUCGGUGAGUCACGGAGUUCACGGACGCGUGUGGUUUUUGCCCACGUAGCCGUGCGAGCGAGCGAACGAUUGGGCCAAUUGACAUCUCGACGGCCGUGCGCACGUGCUCGAGAAUCUCGACGUUGCGUCACUCGGAUAAUUUCGCACGCAAUGCUGCUCGGCGUGUCGCGCCGGCUUGAUCGCUCGAGGCUUUCCAACAAUCGCGGCGAUAUCGUGUCCUUUAUCGUAUCGUCAAUUUACGCUCCUUCCCUUUGCACGAAUAUGACGACACACUAUUACUUUUUACGGAAUUAGAUGUCUUUCGCGGAAAGUGAUAAACCGAUCGAGAUAGUGAUUCGUCAGAGAUGAGGACGGCACGGCACCACGAAAAUGCGAGCUCUGUAUGAUUAGCAUGAAUCAUUUCGACGUUGACUCCUGUACGUUCAAAGAAUUCUAGGCUUUUUCAAAAAUGAGUCCGAUUAGAAUUACUACUGCGGACAGUCUUGACUAUCGUUACAUACCCAUUACAAAAAACAGCGUUAGUUUAGGCAUUAAAGCUAGCCACGAUGCAAGGAUUGCCUUACGGACACAUCUUGGUGGUGACUCCAAUGUAUAUGAGAUUAUUAUUGGUGGAUGGGGAAAUACUAUGUCGGCAAUAAAAAGAAAUAAUACAGAACCAGAUGUAGCAGAAGCAGAUACUAGGGACAUACUGAAUCCUGAUGAGAUAUGUGAUAUUUUCAUACAAUGGUCUUGUGAUGGAUUAUUAAGAGUCAUUCGUGAAGAUGAUUUUGACAUGCCGUUUAUGUCUUAUAAAGACAGAAGCCCCUUUGUCAUAAAUUAUAUAGGAGUUAGUACUGCUUGGGGUGCAACUGGAGAAUGGAUAAUUGAAGAGUGCCAGUUUACGUCACCCGCUAUUAGACAGCAACUAAUGGACACAUGUCACUUCUGGGUGGACUUCAACGAAGCAUUUGGACUACCUCGGAAUGCGGUAAUGGCUUCCGAGGACGGUUUGUACAUCGGUCGGGCGCAUCAUCAGGGUACAGUGACACCAGGCGGCAUACGCGACAACGUCUGCACGGUCGCAUGGGGCGGCAAUGCUCAUGAGAAACGAGAGUUCCAGGUGCUGUGCGGCAAGGACAUAAACUGGGUGAAAUCUUGGGAAGGUAGUGUGCCUUUGCACGCCUUACCCGCUGGCGAAACUGAGGAUGGUUACGCUUUAUUCAUUGGCAGAGUAUUGCACGAAGGUAUCUAUCACAUCGGCAAGAUACAACCAAAUCAUCAAGUGUGUUAUAUACCGCUGAACGGCCAAGAAAUGCCCUAUCUGGAAUACGAGGUCUUGGUCAUACAUGACAAUUAUGGAGUCGAGUGCAUCGGAAGGUAAAGUGAUAAAGAUUUAGAGACACAGUGUAUUUAUUUUUCCACGAGAUGAAAUAUUUUUACACACUAAAGUUCAAUGCUCUAUAAAAAAAAUUAAUCCUCCAAAAAAUUUUAAUUGGAGCUGUUUGUAUUCAUGUACGCAUCAGUUAUUCAUAACAACUCAAAGAUAAUUUAUAACGCAUCUGUUAUGAAUACAAAAUUUUGCAAAUAAUAUUACUUAAUAUUAUAGAAAAAUUUGUUACAGAUAUUAUAUAUAUAUCUUUUAGAACGUUUGCAGAAAAAUUUAUUAAAUUUAUAAUAUUAAUUAUUAAAAUUAUGUUGAAAACACAAUUAGCCAAAUAAAAUAAAGCAACAAGUAGAAAAGAAAGAAGAAAAAAUAUAGAGGAUAAUGAAACAUUUAUAGCUCAAAUUGUGGGAAUAAAUUAUAGAUCAAUUAUA